CAAAUGUUUGGACGAGAAACAGCCGCCGUCAGCAAGAGCCGGCGUCAAAAGCUGCUGGUGCCGCGCGCCUCAUGAGCUUUCAGGCACCUACCUCUGCAUGCUUCAGAUCUACAAGAAUGCUGCUGUCACACAUGUUUCCAAAGAGUCCAUCGAGAUACGCCAGCUGGAGCUGGAAUGGUACACCAGGAACUACGACACCAUGGCCAUGCAGGCCGCCAUGUUCGCGGGCUUCGCCUUCGAGCAGAUCACCGAGCCCGUGCCGCAGGACACGCCCUUCCUGCUAGAGAUGGCCUACAUUACUCUCACGGCGUGUGCAUUGGGCUUCAAUCUUUGCGUCUGCAUGUCCUGUACGAUGUGCGUCAUCUUCGGCAGGCGCUUGGCGCUCAUGGGCUGCGGUGCCCGCGCCGUGCACCUGGCAGUGGAGAACCUGCACAAGGCGCAGCAGUUCACCUUCUUGCAGUUCCUGCUGGGAAUUCUGGGCUACCUGGUGGCUCACGUGUUUGAGACAUGGAUUUACUUCCAGCGGAACGUGGCCAUUCUGUUGUGCAUUCCACUCUCCAUUUUCGUGCUGGCCAUCUUCUACUAUGUCGUGACGAUUGUGGACCAGCUGAUACUUCCGGAUGACAAGGCGGUGAUCGGCAAAGUCGCGGCUUGGAGCCGAUACGAGAAUCUCAGCGACCUGGAUGCGGAAGCCUACCGCUUCAGUCACUCCCGGACCGCCCGGCUGCCGUGAGCGCGCGGUUUCACGAGCUGGGCGCUGGCACGGCGACCCAAGGGGUCCUCUCAGGAUCUCUUUGUCCCUGUGGCUAGCUGGACCUUGGAACAAGGAACCCACAGA